GUGUCGCGCUUCUAUCACGCUACCGGCGACGCCCGCUCGCCAGUCCGCCUCACAUCCUGCACAGCGUCGGCUCCACCACGGAGACACUUUUACGUCCCUUUCAUGUCUGCACGUGACGUGGAAAACCUCACGGCAGUUAGCAUCGCGGGUGGCCUCGCUCCGAGUAGCUUUUAAGCUAGCGGAUGAAAUCGGUUUGGCGCGCCUCGGAUGUAAAUGAAGCAGCCCUCGUGAAGUGGGCAAUAAGUCUCGAGGUGUGGAUUAAAGGUUGCGAUUGAGGCGAGUUAACGGCACCCCCACGCACAAGUCCGGUCUCCCUCGGUGAAGCGCGAAUAUCGCUGGACCGAGAUUCAGCCCCCUCCUCAGCGUCCUCCAGCCAUGAUGUAGACCCAACCCGCAUGAUGAUGAUGCAGGUCGGACUCUCAGUGAAGAGCAGCAGCGAGUGAUUCUCUCUCCUCGGGUACAGCGCACACCUGCCUCUCUAUGUCUGCCUCAAUUGGUUGGAAGCGCCAUGUCAUCCGCCACACCCCCUGCGGCCCCGCCCCUUAAGAAGGGAAAGAAGCUGGAGAAAUCCGACGUGAUGGCUGACUCGGUUCAGGCGGCCAACGAGGAUCUUAGGAGCAAAAUGAUGGACGUGCAGAUCGAGCUGCAGCAGGAGCGCGGCAAGGUGUGCAAGCUUCGCGAGCGCCUCCAGGAGCAGCGUCAGGCUCGGGAGCUGGAGCAGUACAAACACGCGGUGGCCAUCACCGACCUGCGCGCCAAGCUCCACGAGGAGAAACUACGCGAGAUAGCGGCGGCGCGUGAAGCCCUCGCAAGGCAGCACGAAGCCGAGCUGGCCAGGGCCAUAAAGAUCCGAGACGCUGAAGUACAGAGGCUCCAGGGUCUGGUGAACGCCCUGAGGGACGGCGCCGCCGACAAGCUGAAAAACGCUCUUCUCGGAGAGGCGCGGGAAGAGGCCAGGAGAGCUUUUGAUGGCGAGAGACUAAAGCUCCAACAAGAGAUCCAGGAACUGAAGGCAGCCAAGAAGCAGGCCGAUGAGGCGCUGACCAACGCGCUCCAAGCCGACAAAGCCAAAGCAGCUGAUCUCAGGACAGCUUACCAGCAGCACCAGGAUGAAGUGCAUCGCAUCAAACGCGACUGUGAAAGAGACAUCCGUCGGCUGAUGGAUGAGCUCAAGGCUAAAGACCGCGUGGUGUGUGCCCUGGAGAGAGAGCUGGGGAUGCAGGCCGGCUACGCCCAAAGGCUUCAGCUCCAGAAAGAAGCUCUGGAUGAGCAGCUGGUUCACGUACGAGAGGCCGAAAGACACAACCACGGCAGCCCAAAGAGAGAGGUGGUGCCCGGGUUGGGGGACAACGCAGACCUGCUCAACAACCAGUUUUUGUUUUCCUCCUCCUCCCCUCUGCCCCCUGCUUCCCAGGAAGCGGAGGAGCGUGACACGAGGAGGUUUCAGCUGAAGAUCGCCGAGCUGCACUCCGUCAUCAGGAAACUGGAGGACAGAAAUGCGCUGCUGGCUGACGAGAGGAACGAACUUCUGAAGCGGGUGCGAGAGGCUGAGAGCCAGAUGAAGCCCAUGUUCGAGAAGACCAAGCGCCUCUCCAAGAAGAACGAUGACCUCCUGCAAACCCUGCAACGAAUGGAGGAGAAACUUAAAAACCUGAGCCGUGAGAAUGCUGAAAUGAAAGAAAAAGCAGCCGCUUCCCGUCCACCCUUGCAGCAGCAAAGCCAUCCACCUCAGCUGAAGAGGCCCAGCUCCCUGACAGACUUGAGCCACGCCCACGAGGAACAGGAAGUAGAGUUCCUCAAACUCCAGGUUGCUGAGCAACGCGGUAUCAUAGAUGAACUCACUCAGGAACGUGAUCGUUGGGUGUUUGGCAAAAAGACGAGAAGAAAACCUCUGAAACUCACCAAAAGGCAUGUUGUGGAGACAUAUUUUGGAUUUGAUGAGGAAUCCGUCGAGUCUGAAACCUCCUCUCUGACCUCCUUUAACACUGACCUCACUGACCGGACACCCGCCACGCCCGAGGAGGAUUUGGAGGAGAGUGUCUCUCGCGAGGAGUCGGAGCUGCGCUUCCGUCAGCUAACCAGAGAGUACCAGGCCCUCCAGCGGGCUUACGCCCUCCUGCAGGAGACGACGGGAGGCUCUCUGGAUGCCGAGAGGGAAGCCAGGACACGCGAGCAGCUGCAGGCCGAGCUCAGCAGCUGCCAGGCCAAGAUCCUGGACCUGGAGAAGGCUUUGGUGGAGCGGGGGCAGGACUCAAAGUGGGUGGAAGAGAAGCAACACUUGCUCAGGACAACGCAGGAGCUUCAUGAGAAGGUGUGUGCGCUGCAGCAGGUUGAGUCCCGCCUGCAAGCCGAAGUCCAGGACGCCCGGGACCAGAACGAGCUGCUGGAAUUCCGGGUUCUGGAACUGGAAGAGCGAGAACGCAGGUCUCCAGCCCUCAAUCUGCACAUGUCUGCAUUCCCGGAGAACAGCAGCAGUGCACUGCAGGUCUACUGCCACCAGGAGGGAGUCAAGGAUGUCAUCAUUCCCGACCUGAUGAAGAAACUGGAUAUACUCGGAGAUAACGGGAAUCUCCGAAAUGAGGAGCAGGUUGCAGUGAUCCAGGCGGGCACGGUGAUAUCUCUGUGUGAAAAGUGGUUGAAACAGGUGGACAACACCGAGGCCGCCUUAACACAGAAGAUGAUUGAUUUGGAAAAUGACAAGGAGCUGUUCAGCAAGCAGAAAGGCUUCCUCGAGGAGGAGUUGGACUACAGGAAGCAGGCCUUGGACCAGGCUUACAUGAGGAUCGAGGAGCUGGAGGCCACGCUGUAUAGCGCUCUGCAGCAGGAGCAGCCGUCCUGCCAGGCGGUGGCCGAGUCGCUGACAGACAGGCAGAGGGAGGAGCUGCGGCUCGCCGUGGACAAGCUGCGGCGUCAGAUUCUCAGGCAGAGCCGGCAGUAUGACAGUCAGAUCUUACAGGAGCGUAUGGAGCUCCUACAGCAGGCCCAGCAGAGAAUUAGAGAGCUGGAGGACAGGAUCGACUUACAAAAGAGACAAAUAAAGGACAUAGAGGAAAAGUUUUUGUUCCUUUUUUUGUUCUUCUCUUUAGCCUUCAUUCUUUGGCCUUAAUAAAAACGACCGGAG